CUGCUCGGCUUUAAGUUUGCUUUCCAGGCACUUCUGCAGAGCAGGGCUGAGCGUGAGCCAGGUCCUGGAAGCAGAGGGACUGCAGUGAAUCCUCCUUCCUUCCUUCCUCCCUGUGUGGCAGGACGGGAUCUGCAGUGAGGUGCAGAGAGCUGCUGCAGCCCGGAGCUCCCGCUGUUCCCUGGAGAGCCACCGACUUAGCGGGAUAAAAAAGGCUCUCAGUCAAUCCCAGGGACCUGCUGCUGGCUGGGACCACCAUGACAGACUCCAAGUACUUCACCACCACCAAGAAAGGGGAGAUAUUUGAGCUGAAGGCUGAGCUGAACAGCGACAAGAAGGAGAAGAAGAAGGAGGCUGUGAAGAAGGUGAUCGCCUCCAUGACCGUGGGCAAGGACGUCAGCGCUCUCUUCCCGGACGUGGUGAACUGCAUGCAGACAGACAACCUGGAGCUGAAGAAGCUGGUCUACCUCUACCUGAUGAACUAUGCCAAGAGCCAGCCAGACAUGGCCAUCAUGGCAGUGAACACCUUUGUGAAGGACUGCGAGGACCCAAACCCGCUGAUCCGGGCUCUGGCCGUGCGGACCAUGGGCUGCAUCCGCGUGGAUAAAAUCACGGAGUACCUCUGUGAGCCCCUGCGGAAGUGCCUCAAGGACGAGGACCCCUACGUGCGCAAGACGGCCGCCGUCUGCGUGGCCAAGCUGCACGACAUCAACGCCCAGCUGGUGGAGGACCAGGGCUUCCUGGACACCCUGAAGGAUCUCAUCUCCGACUCCAACCCCAUGGUGGUGGCCAACGCGGUGGCGGCUCUGUCGGAAAUCGCCGAGUCCCACCCCAGCAGCAACCUCCUGGACCUCAACCCCCAGUCCAUCAACAAGCUGCUCACGGCCCUCAACGAGUGCACCGAGUGGGGCCAGAUCUUCAUCCUGGACUGCCUGGCCAACUACAUGCCCAAGGAUGACCGGGAAGCCCAGAGCAUCUGCGAGCGGGUGACGCCGCGCCUGUCCCACGCCAACUCCGCCGUGGUGCUCUCGGCCGUGAAGGUGCUGAUGAAGUUCAUGGAGAUGCUUUCCAAGGACCUGGAUUACUAUGGGACGCUCCUGAAGAAGCUGGCCCCGCCCCUGGUGACCCUGCUGUCCGCAGAGCCCGAGCUGCAGUACGUGGCUCUCCGCAACAUCAACCUCAUCGUGCAGAAGAGGCCUGAGAUCCUGAAGCACGAGAUGAAGGUGUUCUUUGUGAAGUACAACGACCCCAUCUACGUCAAACUGGAGAAACUGGACAUCAUGAUCCGCUUGGCCUCCCAGGCCAACAUAGCUCAGGUGCUGGCAGAGCUGAAGGAAUAUGCCACGGAGGUGGAUGUGGAUUUUGUGCGGAAGGCGGUGAGAGCCAUCGGCCGCUGUGCCAUCAAGGUGGAGGCCAUCGUGGUCAUCAAGGACAUCUUCCGCAAGUACCCCAACAAGUACGAGAGUGUCAUUGCCACCCUCUGUGAGAACCUGGACUCCCUGGAUGAGCCCGAGGCCAGGGCUGCCAUGAUCUGGAUCGUGGGGGAAUACGCCGAGCGCAUCGACAACGCCGACGAGCUGCUGGAGAGCUUCCUGGAGGGAUUCCAUGAUGAGAGCACCCAGGUUCAGCUCCAGCUGCUCACGGCCAUCGUGAAGCUGUUCCUGAAGAAGCCCACGGAGACCCAGGAGCUGGUGCAGCAGGUGCUCAGCCUGGCCACGCAGGACUCGGACAACCCCGACCUGCGGGACCGGGGCUACAUCUACUGGCGCCUGCUGUCCACGGACCCGGUGGCCGCCAAGGAGGUGGUGCUGGCCGAGAAGCCGCUCAUCUCGGAGGAGACGGACCUGAUCGAGCCCACGCUGCUGGACGAGCUCAUCUGCCACAUCGGCACGCUGGCCUCGGUGUACCACAAACCCCCCGGCGCCUUCGUGGAGGGCGGCAGGGGCGUCGUGCACAAGAGUUUGCCCCCGCGCACCGGAUCGAGCGAGAGCGCCGAGAGCCCGGACACGGCUCCCGCGGGGGUGCCGGCGGCGGAUCAGCCCUCGGUGAUCCCCACGCAGGGGGACCUGCUGGGGGACCUGCUCAACCUGGACCUGGGUCCCCCCGUGAGCGGGCCACCCGUGGCCACCUCCUCGGUGCAGAUGGGCGCCGUGGACCUCCUCGGGGGGGGCCUGGACAGCCUGAUGGGGGACGAGUCGGAAGGGCUGCGAAGCGAUGUGGGAGGCAGCCCUGCUAUGGGCGGUGGCAGCGGCGGCUUCGCUCCAGCUCCCGGCACCGCGGUGCCCUCAAACACGGGGGCACCCCUGGGCAGCGGCCUGGGGGACCUCUUCGACCUCACUGGCGGGGUGGGGACCCUCUCAGGAUCCUACGUGGCUCCCAAAACGGUCUGGCUCCCUGCCAUGAAAGCCAAGGGGCUGGAGAUCUCUGGCACCUUCAGCAGGCAGGUGGGCUCCAUCUCCAUGGACCUCGUGCUGACCAACAAAGCCCUGCAGGUCAUGUCCGACUUCGCCAUCCAGUUCAACCGCAACAGCUUUGGCCUGGCCCCAGCAGCUCCUCUCCAGGUCCACGCCCCGCUGGCCCCCAACCAGUCCGUGGAGAUCUCCCUCCCCCUGAACACCGUCGGCUCUGUCAUGAAGAUGGACCCCCUCAACAACCUCCAGGUCGCGGUGAAGAACAACAUCGACGUCUUCUACUUCAGCACCCUGUACCCCCUGCACAUCCUCUUCGUGGAGGACGGCAAGAUGGAGAGGCAGAUGUUCCUGGCCACUUGGAAGGACAUUCCCAACGAGAACGAGACCCAGUUCCAGAUCAAAGACUGUUCCCUCAACGCAGAUUCCGUGAGCAGCAAACUCCAAGGCAGCAACAUCUUCACCAUCGCCAAGAGGAACGUGGAGGGCCAGGACAUGCUCUACCAGUCCCUGAAGCUCACCAAUGGCAUCUGGGUGCUGGCAGAGCUCCGGAUCCAGCCCAGCAAUCCCAGUUUCACGGAUUUGGAGUUAUCCCUGAAAUGCCGAGCUCCAGAGGUGUCCCAGUACGUCUACCAGGCCUAUGAGACCAUCCUGAAGAACUGAGGUGCUGCUGCAGCCCUUCCUCCUCCUCCUCCUCCUCCUCCUCCUCCUCCUCCUCGGCUCCCCUUCCCGCCCGAGGCAGCGGGGCCGGAUCCAUGUGCAUGUCUCCUUUCCUUCCUGCCAAGGAAGCAGCCCCUGGGACUCUCCCCUUGCUGGUGGGGCUGGGGGGGCACAGGGGGGCAGAGGGGCUGCCCCCAGGCCCUGAUCCCUGUAGCAAUCCGUGUGUGAGCAAUGCCGUGUCCUCCUCGCUGGGGUCGCUCCCUCAGGAUUCCCUGUUUUCACCCUCUGGGAGCUGCUCUACCUGGGGAGGGGGGGGAGGACCAAAAACCCACUUCCCCACUCCCCCUGGGUCUCUUGGAGUGGUGUCUGGUGGUGGGUUCAGCAUUCCAAACCCUGGGAUAGCACCUGGGGGCUCUCUCCCAGCCCGGUUGGGGCCCUGAGUGCUGUGGGAUGGGGGGGCUCUGGCUGCUGAGCCCUGGAGCCCUGGGAUUUGGGGCUCAGUGCGCCUGGAGCAGGUGGAAAACAGUGUUGGCUCCUUUCCCCUCUCUCCUGCCUCUCCCUGGUUUUGACCCCUGGUUCAGCAGAGCCGUGGGUGAGCCCCCAGCCCUUCAGAGAGGGUCCCCUUCCCAUGGCAGCCCUUCCCAAAGCUCCCAAAGGGCUCAAGGAGCUCAAAUUCGAGGCUGUACUUAAUGUGCAGGUAAAAAAAAAAAAAAAAGGGCUUUUCCAGCCCCCUCCAGCCCCCCCUGUGGAGCUGGGAGGGCUCUGAGUGUCCCCUCAGCCCCUUCCCACCCCUCAGCUCCCUCUGGAUGGUUCCCUGGGGGUGACACUGCUCCUUCCCCUCCCAAAUCAAGCCAUGGGUCCCCCCUCCCUCGAAGCAGGAAAUCUCUAAUAUAUGGAAGAUAAAUCUAUUGUGUGUUCACUGGUUUGAGGU